ACUUCCUACGAUUACCAGUUUCGUUUUGUGAUCGUUGGUGACAGCACGGUCGGCAAGUCGUCCCUCCUGAAAUAUUUCAUCUGCGCCAAAUUUGAUGAACUUGCCGAACCGACGGUGGGGGUCGAUUUCUUCAUUAGGACGAUUGACGUUGAACCUGGAGUGAGGAUCAAGUUGCAACUCUGGGACACCGCUGGUCAGGAAAGGUUCAAAUCAAUAACUGCUUCUUAUUUUCGCAAUUGUGCUGGCGUUUUGUUGGUGUUCGACAUAACGAAUCGAUCGUCAUUCAGUCACAUUCCAGACUGGAUGAACAACUGCAGACUACAUUCAACAUUCACUAAAACCACAUUCUUGCUAGUUGGCCACAAAGCUGAUCUGGAGGCAACCAGGCAGGUUACAAGCAGAGAGGCGACUUUAUUUGCAGACUUCCAUGACAUGUUAUACUUGGAAACGUCAUCAGUUGACGGCUGCAACGUUGAUGAGGCAUUCAGAUUGUUGACCGAACAGGUCUAUGCCAUA